CUCGUCUGAUUGCAUCCUCACUUAGGUCUCCAACACAUGAGUCCGCUUCUAGGAAUUCUGACUCGAAGGUCAGAUCGUGGAGGUAUAAAUUUGCUGUAGCCUGGGGGUCCUAUUCUCUGGCGCUGGCAUUAAUGAUCAAGUUUGCAUGCACUUUGGAAGAGUCUCGAACGGCGGCGACUCGGGUGGCGACUUCACCUCCGACUACUCAUGAUCUUUAAAGUCAGCGCACCCAAGGUUUUGAUACUUCAUUUGUUGAACCCAUAGCGAUGGCGGAUCCAGCUGACGACGAACGAUCCGAAGAACUUGAGUCUCUUUCCGCAAUCUAUCCCGAACUGACGAGAGAUGAUAACGAUCUCUUCCACGCAACACUCGAGCUCCUAGUCGCCCCUAACCCCCAUGUCUCCGUUCUUUUCCAUCCUCAGGUUGUUCACAGUUCAUUUUGUUCGUUAGACGAAAUAUUAGAGGACUUGAAGAUUGAUAAUCCGAGCUCUAUUGUACCAUCUUCGGCCGAGGUUGUGCAACCCGAGUGGCAGGAUCUCAAAUAUCUCCCGCCGCUGGCCCUGGACAUCUCUCUUCCGUCGGAAUAUCCGACCUCUACACCGCCUGUCAUCAAAUUAUCAACUUCACCCGAUUAUUUCCCUGCUUCAUAUCUGGAGAGUCUGGAGGAAGAAUGCACGAAACUAUGGGAUGAGUACGCUCAUACGGCCGUCCUGUUCGCGUACGUGGACUACCUGCAGCAAGCUGUCGAAGAUGGGUUCACAGGAGUGUCCGGAAAGCAGGCGCUCAAAGUACCCUUGACGUACAAACCUCAGCUUUUGGACUUUGACAAGAGCACGAAGAGAAAGAAAUUUGAGCGCGAGACCUUCAGUUGCGGCAUCUGUCUCGAACCCAAGAAAGGGGUGAAUUGCCAUCGCCUAGCCACCUGCGGCCACGUUUUCUGUCGCGCAUGUCUGCAAGACUUCUUUACCGCAUCUAUCACCCAAGGCGAUGUCGCGAGCGUUAAAUGUCCGGAUCCUACCUGUGGAAGAGCCGAUGGCGCCAUUACCCACAGACGGGCGGCCCCUCUCAAACUGCGAGCCAUCCCUCCCGGUGAACUCCUCCAAGUCCCCCUCGACCGCACCAUAGUCCAACGAUAUGUGGACCUCAAACACAAAAAGAAACUCGAAUCCGACCAAACCACCGUCUACUGCCCCCGCAAAUGGUGCCAAGGCGCCGCCCGCUCCAAGAAAUACCCCAAACCUACAUCUCUUGACACCUACGUCGAUUCCGACUCUGAACCUGAAGACUCACCCACUACGGAAGCCGAAGGCUCACCUACCACUAAACCCACUGAGAAGGCUGCCGACCCCUCCGCCGACCGCCUCUGCAUCUGUGAGGACUGCUCAUUUGCCUUCUGCCGCGUCUGCCUGAACGGUUGGCACGGCGACUUCGUGCGCUGCUGGCCGCGCACAGCCGCCGAGCUCACCGCAGAGGAAUCCGCGUCGUACGACUUCAUCCGGAAGAACACGUCGCCGUGCCCGACAUGUUCGUCGCCGACGCAGAAGACGCAUGGAUGCAACCACAUGUCGUGUCCGCAGUGUCGCACGCAUUUCUGCUAUCUCUGCUCCUCGUGGCUGGAUGAGGGGAAUCCGUAUGAGCAUUUCAAUAAUCCGAAGAAGGAGUGUUUCGAACGGUUGUGGGACUUGGAAGAGGGGGAUAAUGCGGAUGGAGGGGUGGCGUUCGUGGGACAGAGAGGGUGGGAGGCUGCGGUGGAGAUCGCGGAGCGUGAGGCGGAAGCGGCGGAGGCAGUGGGCAACCAGAACGGGGAAAACCAAGCAGGCGGAGAUCGGCAGGACCGGGCACGGGAUGGGGAACAGGAAGGCAGACAAGGCCAGCGCAGAGAGGAGCUCGGAAAUGAAGAGAGGGCAGGGAUACAGCACUUCCUCGAGAUGGUCGAAAACGACGAGGAGGAUGGCUGGGAUAGUGAUGAGCUUGGGGAUGAGGAACGGUUCAACUUGGAAUUCAGGUAGCGAUGGGUUGUUGAACGUCAGUCAACUGCGUUCAACUACAAUUCAAACUGGAACAAUAGGAAUACUGGGUCCAUUGAUCGUGAAGGUCCUUACUCGGGGGAAGCUAACCAUUGUCUCGUGGAAGUUCCGGUGGCUCAGUGCUGAAUAUCGCCAGCAACUUGUCCACAGUAUCCCUGAUGACUGCUGUAUGGGUAUGUAGUGAUGUCCGUGAAAUAUGAUUUCGCUAUGACGGUCAGAAAGAUGAUUGGCAGAUACCGAGAUCAGGCUUACCAAAGCAAAGACAGUACCCUUGUACACUUGAUGAUACAGCCCUUUAUAUUCAUCUUCAUCAAGUGCCUGCCGAUCUC